GCGCCUGGGCUGAAGUUUGUGCGCGGCGGAAGUUCAGCAGAAGCCCCGCUGGCGGGGCGGGCUCCGGGCUGGGCAGCCCAAGCGCUGCGGAUGGCGGGAGCCGGGCGCGGGCUCCUGGGGCGCGUGGAAGCGGAGCCGGGGCUGAGACCUGCUCAGGGUUAGCAGGUGGAAAGACAUGACAUGAAUACUCUGAGCUUGCCACUUAACAUUCGCCGUGGGGGGUCAGACACCAACCUCAACUUUGAUGUACCUGAUGGGAUCUUAGAAUUUCACAAAGUCAAACUUAGCGCUGAUGGCCUGAAACAAAAAAUUUUGAAAGUUACAGAACAAAUAAAAAUUGAACAAACGGCCCGUGAUGGAAAUGUAGCUGAAUAUUUAAAACUGGUGAACAGUGCAGACAAGCAGCAAGCUGGCCGUAUUAAACAAGUCUUUGAGAAGAAGAACCAGAAGUCUGCCCACUCUAUUGCCCAGCUGCAGAAGAAAUUGGAACAGUAUCACCGAAAGCUCAAAGACAUUGAACAAAAUGGAUCCUCCAGAAGUUCCAAAGAUACAUCAAAAGAUAACUUGAAGGAUAUCCAGCCCUCUUUAAAAGAUGCCCAUGGCAAAUCUCGUACCACUGGCCAAGGCACUGAGAGCAGCAAAUCGGGUGUGCCAGGUGUCUCCUUGACACCACCAGUGUUUGUUUUCAGCAAGUCGAGAGAGUUUGCAAACUUGAUUCGAAAUAAAUUUGGUAGUGCUGACAACAUUUCUCACCUGAAAAAUACCCUGGAUGAAUUUCGGCCUGAAACUAGUUCACGGGCCUAUGGUGGCAGUGCUACUAUUGUGACUAAACCAAAAUAUGCUAGUGAUGAUGAGUGCUCAAGUGGGACAUCUGGCUCUGCAGAUAGUAAUGGGAACCAUUCAUUUGGGCCUGGUGGGACAGAUGCUCUGGACAGCCAAGCAAAACUUUCUAUGAUUUUGGAGGAACUGAGAGAAAUAAAGGAGACACAGUCCCAAUUAGCUGAUGACAUAGAGAAUCUAAAAGCACAGUUUAAAAGAGACUAUGGUUUUAUUUCUCAAACAUUGCAGGAGGAAAGAUUCAGGUCUGAACGAUUGGAAGACCAGCUAAAUGAUCUUACAGAUCUUCAUCAGCACGAGACUGCAAACUUGAAGCAAGAGCUAGCCAGCAUAGAGGAGAGAGUGGCAUAUCAGGCCUGUGAACGGUCACGAGAUGUUCAGGAAGCCUUGGAAUCUUGCCAGACUCGGGUUUUUAAGCUAGAGUUCCAUCAGCAAGAACAGCAAGCAUUGCAAUCAGAAACGGUUAAUGCCAAAGUACUCCUAGGGAAAUGUAUAAAUGUAAUCUUGGCUUUCAUGACUGUCAUCUUAGUGUGCGUCUCUACCAUUGCAAAGUUUAUAGCUCCUAUGAUGAGGAGCCGUUUCCAUAUCAUCUGCACUUUUUUUGCGGUGACUCUACUUGCAAUAUUUUGUAAAAAUUGGGAUCACAUUAUCUGUGCCAUAGAAAGGAUGAUUAUACCAAGAUGAAUCCACUAGUCUGGAUGUUUUAUUUUUUUUUAAAGAAAUGUUGUUGUUGCGUGUGUACAAAGUACCAAAUUUUUUAAAAUUGAAAUUUAAACAUGCAGAUUGGAUGAAGGCUAUAAAAACUCUUGAAUGCUAAGGUGUAAAUACUUGUAAUUUAUACGCCAUGGCAGUUAUUUGCCUAUUCAGUUACACAGUAAAUAAUUAGCUAAAUCAAUUGUGAACUGCUCACUUAAGUAAAUCUUUUGCCUUAAAUCUUAUCAGCUUUCCACUUUACAAACCAGCACAUUCACAAGACAUCAUGCUACUGGUGAUGUAGGAAACCUGAAGUGUGUUGUCAUUAACUAAAGUGAGGCAGAAUGGUGGGAGUGCAUUAUAAUAAGCAUACACUUGCACCGUCAUUUUAGAUUAAUUCAGUUGUCUGGGUUCCCAUAUGAACCAGAAUAGAUAGCUGUUCUCUAGUUUACAAUAGUAGUAUUUCCUAAUGCUAGAUGAUUUAACACCUGUGAAUUAGAAAUUGAGAAGGUGCUUAAUUACAAUCCAGUACCAUUUUAUGAUAUUUCUGCCAGUAGGCCCUUACUCAGACAGAUUAUUUUUUAAAUAUUAUACUUUCCCAACAGUUUCAUAUGACUAGUGUAACUUGUGAUUCAGAUUAGUACAUAUUAUUUUCUAGAGCUACUCUGGAUGAUGUUCAGGAAAUAUAUAAAUGUAAUUACAGGCCUCCAAAUAUGAUGAAUUUAUAAGACCACAAGGACAUCUUAGGAUAAACAAACGAGUAACCAGUGCUGAUGCCACCAUGUUGACUUCAGUAUACCUCUUCUGGUCAUACUUCAAGCUUUGCAGAUUGCAAAGGGAGAGCCCAUAGACAGUUGUUUACAUUUUUAAGUCAGAAGAACUCUCUAGUGAAUGUGAAAUAGAUAACACUAGGCCCCAAUUUGAGGUAGGAAUAGUAAUACCGAAGGAAAUUGGAUGCUGUGAGGCUUUUUUUUUUUUUUUCAUUUAGAGUUCUACAGCGGAUGUGAAUCACUAGGUCAGGAGGGUUGGGAAAGAAUGAAACUUUACAUGUUAGAACUAACUUGUGACGUGUUUUGAGAGACAUUCCUGAGAACAGUGUGUUAGACAUCAGACAGUAAUGCCACUGUGAAACAGAUUUUUGUAAAUUUAAUUUAUUUUGCCUGAUCUAGAAACUACAAAAUGUUUUCCUUGAAAUCCUUUGUUGUCUGGAUAACCAGAUAUGAUGUAAUAUAAUAUAUUAAAUAAAAUAUCAGGACCCUCCUUCACUCUUAUGUAUCAAAAAUGACAUUUGUCUGGUUAUUUAAUUUAAUAUUUAGUGAUAUUUGCUUUUAAUGUAUAUUGUCAUGAUAGCAUUAUUGUUACUUUGGUUGCAGGACUAGUAAUGCCUGAAUUCUAAUCAAGUGAAAUAAUGUGUAUGGAAGUCUUUAGAAAUUCUUUUACAGAGAAGGGAAAAAACGCUUUGUCAUUUCUUUACUAUAAUAUGAAUUGCGAAUGAUAAUUGCUGUGGUUUCUUGGCUGAACAAAGAGCAUGGCUAAUUCUGUACAUAGUGAUAGAACUGAGAUGCUAGAAAACUAAAUUUAAAAAAGUCAAAUUCUGAUAAGUGCAAUGUUUAUUGAAUACAGACGCAUGGACGAUUGAUCGUGAUACUUGACUUGCUGCAGGCAGAGGAAAUUAAUCAGAUAGGACAUACCCACUUCAUGGUAACUGUACCCUACUCAAUCUUUCCAGAGGAGGAUGGAGGAAAAUAAAAUAAAAUCUUGCUGUUAGUGGCAUGACCUUCCAUACCUCAAACUUAAUAGUAAGUUUAACCCUGUAUAUGUAAGCAAGAAUUGCCAUAUAGUCAUCCAAAUGAUUUUAUUCUCAAAGUAAUUAUUCCUCUUUUCCUUGAUUUCUAAUAAAUGGGAUAUUGCUCCUGACUCUGAAAGCAAAGAAUUCCAAACUCUGAUGACUCUUCUGAGAGGAAAAACAAUCAGUGUUACACCUAAUCUUCACUCUUUGUUUUUAACUUUGCAGGCAGGUCCUUGUGUGUUCCUGUUGCUCUUUAAUUGAAUGAGAUUCUUAUUCCCAAAUUUUAUUAUCCCUGUUUAGAUAUUGUAUGUAUACAUUGCAUUACAGUUUCAUUCCCUUUUCAGUCCACCCACUCAUAGCUACCUCAUCUAUCUAGUUGAUAGGCUGAGGAGAUUACAAACUGUAUCAGUUGAAGAAAUUAAACAUAUCUUCAUAGUGAAGUCCCCUCCAUAACUUUGAAAACAUAUUGCUGCUCCUUUCUGGAUUUACUCCAGGAUUUGUACAUCCUAACAGAGGAUUUCCUUUGUUUUUGUUUGUAUACCCUUUUGAUGCAGCUUGAGAACCUUUUUGGCCUUUCUUGCAGUUAAACAAUAAAUUCCCAUUUUCAUUAUAGCUAACAUGAAUGUUAAGUUCUUUUGUUGUCAGUACUUUAAAAUAUAACUUCUGGCUAAAGAACUAGAUUCAGAAUUCUUUAUCUUUUGUAUUAAAAUCUAUCAACUAUUUUAUAACCCAUUCCCCUGAUAUAAGUUUGUCUUACCAAUUUACAACUUUGUUUUUAAAGAUUAAUAUUUAGGGGAUGGUGCUAAAAUAUCGAGGGGAUGGCCCCAGUACUUAACUAUUGAGAGAAUAUGCUAGUGACUAGGGAUUUAAGCGUCUAAUUCGUUACUCGUGUAGUCAACAAAAAUUUUGUCCACUACAUGAUUAAUUGAUAAGGAUUAGCAUUGCAAGAACUCUGUCUCAGCUUGUGUUGGAUCCUGGGAGCUACCCCCACCCCUGCAGCUCUAGAGUAAAAGUAUUUUAGGAGCCGGGUGGGCAGGCAGACCAUCAGCUCCUAAAAGACUUUUACUACAGAGCUGCAGCGGUAUAACUCACUGGACCCAUCAUGAGCAGGGAGUGAGCCAGGCUGCUGGCCAGCCCUCUAAAAAAUGUACUAGUGGGGAGUGCAUGUAGUAGAUAAGUUUUGCUUCUCGGUUAAUCAUUUAAUCAACUACAUUAUUACAUCCCUACUAGUGACUUCUCUUUAUUGUAAUCCAUUGCUACCCUUUCUGUAUUCUCUAUGUUCCGCUUUUAUAGUGAACAUACACACCUGCAUUUCAGACUGGAAUGUAGAAAAAUCAAGCACUGAUAUAGUACUUUUGUUAAAUGGCUUACAAAUGUCUACAUAUAUGUGAUAUGGAUGCUACUUGUCAGUAGCUUUACUGCACGCAGGAAAAUACAGUGGUUUGUUUUAGCAUAAUUUGGUUUUAUUUAUUAAUUUAACCUUGCUGAUUCCAGUGUAGAAAUCUUGAAUUUGUAACCCAUUCUGUCUGAUCUGUUUCUGACAGUUUCCAGGAUCAGGAAAUAAAAAAUUAGACCUCCUCAUCUCUGUAAAAUAAGUCAGUCUCUCAAUCAUAUGCAGAAACAUCUGUUACAAACAUGACUUGGGAAUACAAAGGUAUCUAUCCAGGGGUGGAGUAUGGUAACUCAUUAUACUACCUACUAGCAAUCUCCAUGUAAAAUGAAAAUGUAAUGGUCAAAGGAACUGUUUUACACUUAGCUGGUAAAUCUGACUUACUCCAAACCAGAAAUUGUAAGGCCUUGCAUAACAAAGGCAGGACAUUUCCAUAUUGGCUUUGCAUCGAAACUAAAAUACAUUUUGAAAAUCACCACACAUGUCUAAAGUUUCUCAGUGCAAGUUAAUAUAGUCUUAAUCAGUGUGUCAAUCUGCCACUUCAACUUUUUAGGUUUCCUUGUGAGCUCUGUCUAAAACCGUACCAAUAUUCCAAAGGGAGGCUGUCCCAAGCAAUACCAAUUUCAAGAUCUUGCACCAUGAGAAUUGCCGAUUCUUUAUGGAUCUCUCGUCUGUCAAAUAUCCCCAUCUUUUCCCCUUUUCUUUUCCCUCUUU